AUGCAAUCGAAAGUUCUGCCUCUGGAAGAAGGGAAAGACCAUGUACCUUUAAACCGGACCAACCAAGCUAGGCCGUUGCCCCUUAGGUUACUUCAGUUAUUCGUGUUGUUUUUGGUUCUUUGUGUUGCGUUCUCAGUUGUUAGUUUGUAUACGAUCCGUCGUUUUGGGGUUGACAGUGCUCUGAUGACGGUUAAGUCCAAUUUCCUUCCUUGUUUGGAGGAAUUCAAUAUUAGUUUGAGUGAGUGGAUUAAGCCUUCGGUGAAUUUGAUGCAUUCAAUGACGGAUGAGGAGUUGUUUUGGAGAGCAUCGUUUUCACCUCAGAUUAAGAAUUACCCUUUUGAAAGGGUUCCCAAAAUUGCUUUUAUGUUCUUGACUAAAGGUCCAUUGCCGUUUGCCCCACUUUGGGAGAGAUUUCUGAGAGGACAUCAUGCCCUCUUUUCAAUUUACAUUCACUCUCUGCCAUCAUUCAAACCCAAUUUCUCUCACGCUUCUGUGUUUCAUGGGAGACAAAUUCCUAGCCAGGUUGCAGAAUGGGGAAGAAUGAGUAUAUGUGAUGCAGAGAAAAGACUCCUAGCCAAUGCGCUGCUCGACAUCAACAACGAAUGGUUCAUUCUCCUCUCGGAAUCAUGCAUUCCUCUCUUCAAUUUCAGUGUGAUAUACAAAUACCUAAAGGAAUCCAAAUAUAGCUUUGUUGGUUCAUUCGACGACCUUGGACCUUACGGGAGAGGACGAUAUAGGGAUGCCAUGGCACCAGAGGUAAACAUCACAGAAUGGCGAAAAGGUUCCCAAUGGUUUGAAGUAAACCGUAAACUUGCAAUCAGCAUAGUACAAGACACCAAAUUUUAUAAAAAAUUCGAACAAUUCUGUCGACCGCCAUGCUAUGUCGACGAGCAUUAUUUCCCAACAAUGCUCACAAUAGAAGCAGGAGACGUUAUAGCCAACAGAAGCCUCACAUGGGUGGAUUGGUCAAGAGGAGGCCCUCACCCCGCAACAUUUGGACGACGGGACAUUACAGAAGAGUUGUUAGCAAGAAUAGUAAACGGUCAGAACUGCAGUUACAACAAUGGCACCUCCUCCAUUUGCUCUCUAUUUGCAAGAAAAUUCGCACCGAGUUCGUUGCGGCCUUUGUUACGUUUAGCAUUGGAUGUGUUUGGAUAUUGAAGAACACAAUUUGGUUAAAUGGUCAGAAUAGAGAAAGAGGGCAGGAGAGGUUAGUAGAGUUGUAAUCAAUUACAGUACACAAAUAGGCAAACACAUAACACUAAUUCUUUUAGAGUAACUCCAACAAAAAACAAUACAAAAGAAGAAAAUACAUGUAAUAUCUAUCAUUGCAGAGUGGGUUUUGUUUUGAAUGAACAAAAGAUGCUUUGCAGUGAAGAAAUGGAAUAAUGAAAUGAUGUUACUCUAAAAGAGAAGAAAGUGAUGGUGGAAAUGAAUGAAUGAAUGUGGACCUUAUACUGGUUAGUAUAUUUUUUUUGAA